CCUCUUCGUCUUGGUCCCCACGUCCCAUGGCUAUACUACUAUUCAGCUCCGCUAUUCGGUGUUCUUGUGGUCUUAAUUUCGGGAUUCAUUUUUUGGUUUCCCGCGGGAAUCUCGAGUAUCUGUUUUUCUUCUGUUUCUGGGAAAUAAUAGGAGGGAUUCUAGUUGAGAUACAUCGAUGCGAUCUAUGGAUAACCAUCACAGAUGGUGCCGAAGUUAAGUUUCGUAGUAGUUUUCUUUUUUUUGCUGUUUUAUAUCUCGCUUUAUACUUUCCGUGGAUGGUUCACUCCUACUAGUAUACUGGGGUGUAAAUUAGUAGUAGUUUCGUAUGUACUCGUAUCUAUGGCACAUGAUACACUCCAAUACCCUCAUCAUUUGUUUUUCUUUACGUUGAAACAAGAUAAUAAGCGCGUAGCACUAAUCUUACGUACCCUCUUCUUGUUCCCUUCCUUCCUUCCUUCCCUAAGUAUUGGUAUAGUCUGACCUAAGAAUGCUAUACUUACAUCUAUACCUACAGUAAGAU